GAGAGAGAGAGAGAGAGAGAGAGAGAGAGAUGGCUGUGUGUGUGUGAGAGAGAGAGAGAGAGAGGGUGUGUGUAUGAAUACUUAUUUAGUUUCAACCCAAACGUCGCUGACUGCAUUCUUUCCUUGGCGGGUGGAGCGAGCGGAGUAUCGGACAGAGAGAUUUACAGAAAGAGAGAGAGAUAGAAAAGAGAAAGAGAGAGAUAAGAGAGUCCAAGAAAAAGCUGAAACUUCGCUGCAGACGCUCCUGCACAGGAUUACAUCCAGCAUAUCCUGAACGACAAGCCGUGUCAUCUACGAUGCAUGCCUAAAACACUCACCAAAAAUAAAUAAACAAUGAACACCGUGACCGCCGCCACCUGCCUUCUCGUCGCCGGCUUCAGCUGCUACCUCUACGGCAGCGAUGUGAUGUUAUCGCUGCUCCAGGUUUCUCUUGCAGACCCCUCCAUGCCCGAGCCCUCCAUGCCCGAGCCGGGAGCUGCUCCGCGGCGGAGCCCGCAGGGAGUCCCCUACACCGACAUGCAGCACAUCGUCAACGCCGACGGACUGCACCUGUUCUGCCGCUACUGGGAGCCCGCCGGACCGCCAAGGGCCCUGGUGUUUAUUGUCCACGGGGCCGGGGAGCAUUGUGGGCCGUAUGAUGAGAUCGCACAGAGACUGAAGGAAUUGUCCAUGCUGGUAUUUGCACACGACCACGUUGGCCAUGGUCAGAGUGAAGGAGAAAGGAUGAACAUCAAAGACUUCCAGGUUUACGUCAGAGACUCUCUGCAGCACGUUGACCUGAUGAAGUCCCGCCACCCAGAACUGCCUAUCUUCAUCGUGGGUCACUCCAUGGGCGGUGCUAUCUCCAUUCUGACGGCCUGUGAGAGGCCCAGAGAUUUUUCUGGAGUGGUUCUGAUAGCUCCGAUGGUCCAGAUGAACCCAGACUCAGCCACACCGUUCAAGGUUUUUAUGGCGAAGGUCCUCAACCACUUGCUGCCCAGCCUCACUCUGGGCUCCAUCGACUCCAAAUGGGUCUCACGGGACAAGAAGCAGGUGGAGGCGUAUGAUGCCGAUGAGCUGAACUUCCACGGCGGCAUGCGGGUGUCGUUCGCCAUGCAGCUGAUGGGGGCGGCGGCGCGCAUCGAGAGGGAGAUCCCGUCCAUCAGUUGGCCCUUCCUGCUCCUGCACGGCGACAUGGACAAGCUGUGCGACAUUAGAGGCUCCAAGAUGAUGCACGAGAAUGCUGCAAGCUCAGACAAGAUAAUCAAGGUCUUCGAGGGGGCCUACCACGCCCUUCAUCACGACCUCCCAGAGGUGGCCGAGUCCACGCUGAAGGAGCUGACCAGCUGGAUCAUGGAGCGCCUCCCCGCUGCGACAUCGCCGCAACCGCAAGGAUCCUAGAAUCAGGACUUUGACAACCCGCUCAGCGCUCCAAGGCAACUGCCAACAUCGUCCCAAGAGGCAUAACAACACUGCUACUACACGUUUGAGCACAUUAUUUUCUCUGACGUUUCCUGAAGUUUCCUCCUCACUUAUACACAUAAGCCAGAUCUUUUUAAGAAGUAAGGACAAAUGUAAUGUGAUCUGCACAAGCACAUUUACCUUUAAUAUCAGACAUCUCAGAAAGCAUCCGCAAGCUCUCUUCAUAAUCUUCUCUGCCUCCCUCUCGAUCGCACUUUUCACAAAUGACCUAAAAUACCACUUUUGACACUUAUAGAGUCAGUCGGUAAUUUAUACUGUAAGCACAUGUGACUGUGUAUAUAUUACAAACCCUCUCUUCUCCUCACUUCCUCCGUAUGUCCCUUUUCUUUGGUCCGAAGACAGAUGCUAGGCGCUGAUACAUUAAUGGUGUAAUCUAUCUAAUCUAAAUCCAGAGCCCUAAAGUCUAGUUUUAAAUCUAGUUGUAAUAAUUUAACAUGUUGUUUUAUAAAUGACGUGAAUUGGGUGAUGGAUGCCGGCAACAUAUCUCAAGUCUUUUUUUCCCCUCUUAUAAAGUGAUAUUUUAUUUAUUUUCCUAUUAUAUCCUAAAGAUUAGUUUGCCAUCCCCUCCAUUUACUGACUAAGUUACCAAUGGACACAAAGACUUACCAUUCAUAGUUCUUGUUUCAGUGAGUUUAGCUCAAGGUGUAGGAGCAUGAAGAGGAUGCAGAUUAACCAGGUGAAGCUGUUCCGUCUCUCGCUCUCUCUACAGAUACAGAAUUAGAGGGAGAGGGCAAAGUUCAAAAAGUCCCCGCUCUAUGUGACCUUUGACCUUUUAAGGUCACAGUUGAUUUCCCUGUUAGGGUCUUUCUCUGCAGCUAUAACUUCAUUACGUUCAGACCAGCUGCAGAACGAAAGGGAGCCAUCGCUCUGUUACUGUGGACAAAAGAGGAGAUCUCCUCUGCUCACACAGCAUCUGUCAUUUCCAAAUCAAGUAAUGUGGAUGUGUGCAUUUCUUGCAUGGGUUGCCUCAGUGGGAAUCCAACCCCUCAGAACAAUGACGUAUUUAUAAUGCUUCUGGGAAAGCAGGAUGUUCUUCAAAAUGGAUUCCAGACGCGGAGGGACAGAAAGGGAUAUUACUGACAAUUCAACAUCUGGCUUCAAAAACACCUGAACACCACAGCAAUCUAGUAUAUACAUACAUUUAUGUUUUCAAAUUGAAAUUCAUCUGAUUUAAAUGAAAUGUUAUGGAUAUUUACUCACUACAGUUAAAAUCUCUACACAUGAUUGGCACUUAAUAGACAACUUUUAUUUAAAUCUGACUACUAAAAGGCCAUUACAAAAAAGGAAUGAGUGUAUCUCCAGAAUAUUAUUCCUGGCAGUGUGGAAAAGGCUUUGAAGCAGCUUUUAUACCCUAAUGUUGGAUUUAAAAAAACAUAUAGAAAAUGUAAUUGAUUUGAUUUUAAAAUUCAAAGAAUCUAAAUAAUCAAAGAGAUAGAUUGUAUGCCUGCUAGCUAACAAUAGGAAUAGUGUGGCUUGGGUUUCCUCUAAUCCCAUCUACAGUAAGAGUAGCUAAAGCUGUGGUCAAGCUAACAUCUCCCCUUUUCUUUUCUAUGUUCCCAAAGUGUAAAUCUGUCACUUUUUCAAAAUGUUUGCAGCAUUGUGCAGUACUUGAAGUCAACCCUGGCCUCAAAUAGGUUUUCAACAAAACCAUAGCAAUAAUGUCACAGUAGCCUUUAUUCUCGGUAGCCGUUAAUUGUAAGCUAAACAGACACACAUUGAGCUCAUUAUUAUAUAUUUCAGGUAGACUGUUAUUAGCAGGUAUUGCUACAUGCUAAGAUUUUCCUCCUAUACAUCCUGCAUGAGAACGUUUCAGCAGCAGGAGUCGAGAGUUUUAAAGUUGCACGUGUUUGUCCGCACCCAGAUUUUUUGGCAAUUCAGACACAACAAGCAUCUGUUGACUUCCGACAUCAUGCAUGUCUUGUAGAGAAUACAUCUCGUGUGCAGUUCGACCCCCCUCACUCCUUCUUUUUAGAAUGUUUUCUUUUUUCCUCUAUCACACCGAGUUCAAAGGGACUCAUGCAGAGAGUGUAGGGGAGGCUCGGUGCAGUAUCCACGCUGAGCAUCACUCACGUGUAACCACGGCAGCAGGCCAGCGACAAGGUAGAAUUUUCUUUCCGUUUUACAUGUGUAGUAACCACGGUGAUCACUACAAGACUGAUGCAAUGAGAUGAAUUUCUGGCUUCGUGCCUGCUCUGUCUCUUUUUCUCUCCUAACUUUCUAUUUCCUCUCCCUGUCUCACCCCGUGUCACCACCUUUUUUUUGUUGCUGUGGUGAUCAGCGCUCUUUGUUCUGUCCAUCACAGAGCUCCUUGUUCUGCUGCGAAUUCAAACAUCUUGUACUGUCAGUCACCAAUACUGCUCCUAGUGGCCAACUGUCAGAUCAGCAACAGGUUACAUUACAUUUGUUUUGUUUUUCAGCUGGCUUUUUUUCGGACUCUUUAAACGUGGGACAUAUUACUUAACCUGCCACUGACUCAGCUAAACUUAAUGCUGUAUCAAAGCCACUCAAUUACUUUUGGUUUUGACUUUUUUUUUUUAAUUGCUCUCAUGCUGGCAUGUCCUGCAAACACUUACCAGCUAUGAUGUGUUUUGCAAUGCUUCUCUUUAUUGCCUCUGAUGUGGUAUUGAAACCACGAAGUUGCAAUGGAAAAUGAGGGAUCAAUGAAUUGGGAUCAGGAGAAUUGAGAGCAGGAAAAGUAAGGGGAGUUUAUAGUCUACAUUUUCUAUGCACGUUUGAGUGCUUUGCAGUUUAGGGGAUAAUAACAGGGUAAAAUGCAUCAUAAAAAAAGAGAAAAGGAUAAUAAAAAAGAAAAGUGAACAAUAGAAGGGCGUUCAGGAUGUGAAUGCCUCAUCUUAUCCAUCUUCUCUGGCUUUAGAAGCCAGAACAAAAUGUCAGGUUGCAUUGCCAUGGCUGCAGACAUAGAUUGAGAUGUAAUGUAUUCAUCGGUCCCGUGGGAGUCCGACCCUUAACCUCAACCUCAUAUCAAAAGCACUUCAAACACAAUCUGCUUCUGAUUGAGCAGCAGCAGGCGCAGCACACACAAAGGCUGCUCAGUCCCAGUUGUAUUCACACUGGUAAUAGCACCCCUGCUGCACAAUGGAUGCUAUGUAACAGAGCAUUCAAAAAGCUCUACCUGUCAGACUACACGAGUGCAUAUUACGGCUAUCGUUAGCUAUGAGGGCGGAGAGAGAUGGAGAGAGAGGAGAAGAGAGUAACCAUGGUAACACAUUUUUUGUUUUGUUUUUCUGUGGAAUCACCCAGUGAGAAAUGUUUAUUUUUUAAUGGUGCAGGAUGGAAAGCAGACGCUGCUGCGCUUUCAGAGCCGCUUGUCCAUUUCGCUGCUCUGAGGAUUCCCUUUUGUGCGAGCGUUGAGAUAAGAGAGCAAAUAAUUAGCGUCAUCAGCUCGCAGUGAAUAAUAAGAGCAGCACACACUCACUGAAUUCAAUUCAGACAGGUCUGCUGUUUGUACUGACAUCACACUAUUUACAUUUUUGUGUAUUUUUACCCCCAUCAAUCCUUUGGUCUUGAUUAAAAAGUGGUAGAGGUUUGUCAUACUGAGAAAUAGCCAUGUACAGAUGCAUUGCUCUGUUAAUAUGUAAUAAUUCACUCGACUGUUAAUAUCUCUUUUAUUUAGGACAGAAGUUAUAUGUUAGGGAGAGAACAUAACUAAGGAAGGAAACUACUGAUUGGGCUGCGGCUUUUCUGACACCGAAGUUCAGUUGGCCUGUCUGUUUGUGAAUAGGGCCGUUUUGUUUUUUUAUCUCGACUUUAUGACUGUUUUCUAAGAAAAGAGCUGUUAUACGUGCCGGAGGACUAAGGGGCACAGGCCAAUCUUUCUGUAGCUUUAUGAGAUCAGAGUGCACUGGAAGGAUUCAGUGCAUGAACGAAGUCUAGCGUCAGUGCUCAAGUGGACAGCAAGAGUUUAAGCGGUCUUCUCCAAAAUGCUGUAAAUGCAUGAAAAAAUAAGUUCAUCACCAUAUCUGUAAAGUAGAAAUGAUCCAGGCUGUUAAGGUGUCAUCAUAUCCUCCCAUGAGAACUUAAAUUACACUCUAGUCUAUAAAAGUGUGUUGAUAUUGCAUUUUGGAACAAAAACCUUCAUUCAAAUCUUGCUGGAUUUAUGUACAAUGUUUAUUUCCAGUGGUCAGACUGCUUGAUUACUGAACAUAAUUGUAAUACACUGUAAUAAUAGCAUAGCAUUGCUAACAGCACUUGAUGGAAAAACAAAAAUCAAGACUUCGAUGUAUUUGACAAAUCUUUUAUUUAUCUUGUUUAGAGUAUUUAUAGGAAUUCAUUUUAUGCAUAGGCUACUAUAUAUUGAUUACACAUCAUGACAAGGCACUUUUUUAUACCAUAAACAAGUCAUAUUAUGUCAUUUUUACUGUUGAUGAUCAGCUACAUGAAGCUCCAUAAUACUUUUUGAGAUGGAAACCGUUUAAAGGUUGUAUGUAUGUACAGUCCGUAAUCCCAAAAAUGUAUAACAAUAUUUCUGAUAUGAUUUUGCAGAGAGUAUUUUACUACUGUGUGUUGAAGUCGGCGUUGUGUUGAGUCUUUUUGCCGUUUGCCAUACAUGUUUAAUCUGAUAUUAAAAUGUUUUUUGAUUUGUAACAAGAUCUUAACAACAGGGUGUUAAUGCUACAGGUUUGGGAAAAUAUUGUACUUCUUUCCCAAAUUAGUUUUUCAGGAACUUUCACUUUAAUCUUGAAGUACCUCCUCUUUUAAAAAAACACUUAAAUGAAAUGGACCUGAGUGGGAGACUUAAUGCAGCUCUCUGCAUUCAUCAAACCUUCUGCUACAUCUCCGAUCAAAGACAAUUUGGUCAAAACAUGUUUCAGGACUAAAUUGCAUGUAUCAGGUUUUUAUUCCAACAGCAAAAAUAAGCAUUCCACACAAUUAAAAUAUUUUUUAUGGGAAAAUUUAAUGCAAGUCUAUUUUUGGAUUGUGGUCUAGUUGUGUAUGUGCCUUAUUACCGUGACGAUCGUGUAUCUGAACGUGUUUGUGCAUUUGUGUGUGUUGAUCAAUCGAUGAACUGUACAGAGCUGCGAUAAGCAGAUCAGACUCUCUGUUACUUCACUUUUUGUGGUUGUCACAUCUGUUUCUGUCUCAGUAAUUGUGUCUCUCUGCUCUUCUCCUUCCUGUCUGUCUCUUUCUAUUUAUGUCUGUCGGUGUGAAUUUGAGUCUUUCAGUAGAGGCUGAGAUACAGCUCACAUUAUGAAAAAACACAGGUUGCUUUAAUGACUGGUGUCCAACAGAAAACAGGAAGCUCUGUCCAUCACAUGAUCGUAACACAAAGAUUUGUAAUACAACAAGGUCCAAGCAACAACUAUACAAUAACGUAGCACUAAAUAUCUGGCAGAACUGGAGAAACUUUAACAUGCUUUGUCAUUAUUUGUACUUUGCAGUAACUCUGCACUUCUGUCAGAUGGCACAAUAUCCAUGAACAAACAAAUACUUCUGGCCAUAGUUACUUACUGACAAAGAUCUAUAUUUAAAUAGUCUCUAAAGAAGCUGUGGCGGAAAAUUCAGAUAUGUGAUGUAAGAAGUAGGAAGAUGAAGUGUGAAUUGUAGUUUCAUUAUUGGGUCUUCCUUGUGUGUUGCUUUUUUUUCUAAAUACUGUUUGACACUUUAUUUGAAUAGCCCAGUGCUGAUACUCUACUCUCAACUCUACUUGUUGUUCUCUACUUCUCUAAAGCCAGUAUAAAAACUUUAAUUUUACUCACAUAUUCAUAUAUUGAACAUAGUCAGAAUCCUACACCUUUCCCUGAUACAUCUUAGGCCCUUCACAAUAAGUUGAGUAUCGGCAUCAGACAAUUGAAUUAAAGUGUCACAAAAUAUUGUAUAUAAAAUGUAAUAAAGUAUUUCUGAAUCACUGAAAGUCACACCUGAUACUACAAUGUUCAUACUCUCUUACAGAAUAAACUAUACAUCUGUUUAACUGUG